AUGUCAGUGGCUGCAGAAGAAUGCCCUCAGUGCGAACAACUUCUAGACCAAUUUGUUUCCCAGACAAUGUUCAAGGUGCAGCGAGAGUUUUGCCCCAAAUGCUCUCAGCAGACAAGAACGACUGAAUGGACUUAUGAAUUCAAUGAUGAUUACAAAAUAGAAGAUUUCAAAUGGGGCACUAUUGAAGAAUUUAAUGUGAAUUUAGGAAAGAAGCUGAUUGAAGACUAUGUCAAGACUUGGGACUAUGAUGCAAGCUGGUUAUUUUGCAUUGACUUCCUUAGGAGAGAAGAAUUUGAAUUUGAUACUCAUUACAAGUAUCAAGUUCGUUGGAGUAUACCAACGAGAUGUAAGCCUAUUCCUCGAGCAACCGCUAGUAUCUUUUUUACCUUUCUGCUUUCAAAGGUUAAACCAAAGAACUAUCCUGUUGAAGUGUUUUAUGUUCUAGAGACAAAUCGUCUUAUUCACAGAACUAACGAAAGCCGAUUCCGAGAAGAAUGGCUCAAGGACAUUAUUGAAAGCAAAACUCUUCUAAUUUCUUCGGUAGAUUUUUAA